CAGGGCCCUAGGCGAUGAUGUGCUCCGUGAUCCGUCUUGUGCAAUCCGGUUAGUCUCCUUCUGGAUUGAAGGUAUUCGUGCCCAGCAGUAACAUACAACGCCACGGAUAUGGUUGGCUGAGAGAGCAACCAUCGCCAUCCGCCAUUGCGAAUAUUGGCACUACACCAUAAUUUUCAACCGUCAUGCCUCUAAGGCAUAUAAGUAUAUAGCCAUGGAGGUUGCUCCCACGCUUGAGAUUUCAUCGUACCUCUGCCUUUCCCGCAUCCUCAUCACUUGAAGACUUGUGGAAGCAGCCAUGGCCGAUAUCGAGCAGGCCUUCAAGGGCUCCGCCAAAGUUCAUGAUGUCGAAGAUUCUCAGUCUUCUAAGGCUUCAAUCGAGGUUGGGCAGGAAAACCUCGCUGGAGUCACCCCUCCUCAUGAAUCAUUCGAAGGAUACCAUCGAUUCGACCCGACUGCUACCUGGACGCCUAAAGAAGAAAGAAAACUUGUUCUCAAGACCGAUCUGAUGCUGCUGACUUGGAUCUGUUUCAUGUUCUUCGGACUCCAACUCGACCGUGGAAAUUUGUCGAACGCACUCACAGACCAUCUGCUCGCGGAUCUGGGCAUGACGACCGAUGAUUACAACAAUGGCAGUACCAUUCAGCUUGUCUGCUUCCUGGCCGCCGAGUUCCCAGUCCAACUUCUUAUUAAACGAUAUGGUUUCAAACGCGUCCUUCCCGCUAUGAUGCUCGCAUGGAGUUUGGUAUCCUGGACGCAAGCCUGGAUGACCAACCGAGCUGGAUUCUAUGUGACCAGAGCUCUAAUCGGCGCCUUUGAGGGUGGCUUCAUUCCCGGUACAAUCCUCUUUGCAACGUACUUUUACAAGACCAAAGAACUCGCGGUCCGGUUGGCAUUCUUCUGGUCCACGCUGAACGUUGCACGUAUCGUCUCGUCUCUUCUGGCCGCCGGAAUCCUCCAGAUGCGUGGCGUCGAAGGGAAGUCAGGCUGGUUCUGGCUUUUCCUCAUUGAUGGACUGCUUACGUUCCUCAUUGGACUAGUCAGUCUGUUCUACCUUCCCACAUCCCCAACCAACACCAAGAGCGUCCUAGUCCCUCGCCCCUGGUACACUGAGCGCGAAGAAGUGAUCAUGAUCAACCGCCUCCUUCGCGACGACCCCUCCAAAGGCCUCACACAUAUCAACCAGCGCGCCACCCUACACGACAUCUUCGAAGCCUGGAAAGACCCCUCAAUGUGGGGUCUCUACUUCAUCGGACUGGUCGCCUACAUUCCCCAAGGCCCCGUCCAAUCCUACCUCUCCCUCACCCUGACCCGCCUCGGCUUCGACAAGUUCGACGCCAACAUGCUCUCUAUCCCUUCUGCCGCCCUGCAAAUCAUCCUCAUGUUAGCGGUCUGCAAAAGCAGCGACAUCUUCGGCGAACGCACCUUCCACUGCUUUUUCGGAGAGUUCUGGUCCCUCCCGCUCCUCAUCGCGUUGCUCAGAUUACCGGACCACGGAUACAAUUGGCCCCGGUUUGCCAUUUCCACCAUGAUCUCGGGAUAUCCGUAUUUUCAUCCGAUUGUGUCCGCGUGGAUCUCGGAGAAUACGUUCGAUGUCAAGAAGAGAGCGAUUACGGCUGCCACGUAUAAUGUUAUUGUGCAGGUUGGAUCGAUUAUUUCGUCGCAAAUCUAUCGGUCGAGUGACUCACCGUACUACUACACUGGGAAUAAGGUGCUUAUUGCCCUGUGUGUGCUCUCGUUGGUGGUGUUUGUUCUUCAGCGCGAGGUCUUGCGGUAUUUGAACAGGCAGAAGGAGAAGAAGUGGCAGGCUCUGUCUUCUCAAGAGCGAGUUUUGUAUCAGGCCGACAAGGAGGCUCGUGAAAAGGAGGGCAAUAAGCGGCUAGACUUCCGCUUCAAGUACUGAACGAGGAGAGCGUAUAUGGUAUUUAAGCUGACAGGUAUGGUAAUUUGAGUCUGGUAUUGGGUUUCAUAGCUACAUAAUAUAAUGCAUUU